UGAAGGGUAAACAGGGUCGAAAUCAUGGGAAAUACGGAAAGCAAUGUGACAAGUGGUGUCAAGAAGCAGGCGGACACCUCUUCAAUUAAAAUCUACAAACUGGUCGACUUGAAAGGAGGAGGCCUGCUUGUCGAACUGAUGAAAAGGGCUGCACAGACUAAGCAGUACGCAGAACUGGAUCAUGCAAUAAAAACAAAAGUUGAGCCAUUUCUUUACAACAAGGGUAAAGGGAAGUUAAUACCAAUAAGCCAGCUUGUUCUCAUGAGGAACAAAGAGAGACCAAGACACAAAAUGUUGCCGCCUUUAAAAAAUUUGGAAAAUCCGGACGAUUACGAUAUCGAAUCUUAUCCCGCCCCAGAGAUAAAAGACGAAGAUAAAGUUGACAUGUCAAAAUACAGAGAUGUCUGUUGGGAUUUGAAAGAAAGGGGUGCAGUCGGUGAAACGAUUCUACACCUUUGUCUUCUUAAUGCAACUUCAAUCCAUGCUGAUCUAGCCAAACGACUAUUGCGAUUCUACCCUAAGCUUAUUAAUGACGUAUAUAUGUCUGAUGAAUAUUAUGGUGAAAAUGUUCUUCAUAUUGCAAUUGUCAAUGAAGAUCCUGCAAUGGUUAAAUUUCUCCUUGACAGCGGUGUUGAUUUUCAUGAAAGAUGUAUUGGCAAUUUUAUGUGUCCUGAAGAUCAGAAAGCCUCCCGGACAGAUUCCUUAGAACAUGAAUAUGUCAACUUGUCUCCUUUCACCAAUUAUGAAGGGUAUGUCUAUUGGGGUGAAUAUCCGUUAUCAUUUGCCGCAUGUCUUGGCCAAGAGGAAUGCUACAGGCUGAUGCUAGCAAGGGGUGCGAAUCCAAACAAUCAAGACACAAAUGGAAACACAGUACUUCACAUGCUAAUUAUCUACUCGAAGCUUCCUACAUUUGACAUGGCGUAUGAAGUAGGUGGCGAUUUAUCAAUUAGGAAUAUACAAAAUUUAACGCCACUCACACUGGCUGCAAAACUGGCAAGGAUUGAGUUAUUUUUUCAUAUAUUAAACAUAGAAAGAGAAAUUUAUUGGCAAAUAGGUAGUAUAACGUGUGCGGCUUAUCCCCUUUCGCAAAUUGACACAAUAGAUAUUGAAACUGGGAACAUAAGCAAAAAUUCAGCUCUUAACCUUGUGGUUUUUGGGGAAAAAGAUGAACAUUUAGAAUUAAUGGAUGGUGUUUUAAUUGACUUGUUGAAUGCAAAAUGGAAUGCAUUUGUUAAAAACAGGUUUUACAGACAGUUUUUUCUUUUUCUUUUUUAUUUUUUGAUAUCGUUAGUGUGUUUUACACUCCGGCCAGGACCAUUACCGCCUAAGCCAAUCGAGGCUACAAGUCGACCAAAUACAACGGUAGACGCUCUUAAUACGACUGAUUUGGACAUGUAUUCUACAUUAGAUUAUACAAGCACUCCCAUGUGGGAUACAAGUUUGGAAAACAAUGAUUCAACCGAUACUAAGCUUACAGAGCCGAAAAUAGGACUAAUAGACCUCGAGAGCCCUGGACCGAUUGUGAAUCUUGACGAAACCGAGAACAAGCAGUUGUGCUUGGACGGCCUCAUCAAAUCUUCAUGUAAACAACCAUCUGGAGUUAUGAAAGGAAAAAGCGCAAAAAAUACAGAUGUGUAUUUCAACAUGUCAUUCCAGUUACAUCGUGGAAGGGUUGAAGAAUGGUGGGACGAUUGGGGGAAGUGCCGGCUCCUUCAAAUGACAACUCUUGAAGAAAUGGUGCGCCUUGCUGCUGAAUUCCUUCUUGAAAUUGGUGCCCUCCUGUACAUAAUCGCUGCUCUCAGGGAAGCAAGAUUUUUAGGGUGGAGCAUGUUUGUUGAAAAUCUGAUGACUGCUCCAUCACGUGUGAUGUUUCUUUUCUCCUGUGUUUUAAUGUUGUGCAUGCCUUUUCUGAGGUUUUCGUGCAAUGAAGAAGUUGAGGAUAUAAUGUCUGUCGUUAUAAUGCUUACCACAGCUCCAUAUUUUUUAUUUUUCUGCAGAGGUUUUAAAACUGUCGGUCCAUUCGUGGUAAUGAUUUAUAGAAUGAUCAUGGGUGAUUUGCUCAGAUUUGCCACUAUUUACUUAGUAUUUGUUAUGGGUUUUGCUCAAGCUUACUAUAUAAUAUUUUUAUCUUUUGAUAAUCCUAACACUCCAGAAGGGGUUGAUGAUUCUGUAAGUAAUCCAAUACCGAAUCCUGUUGAAGCAGUGAUGGCAAUGUUUUUCAUGUCAAUGACAAGUUUUGGAGAUUAUUAUCCUGCCUUAGAAAGGACAGACCAUGAAUUCGGGGCCAAGCUAUGUUUUGUAAUAUAUAUGGCAAUUGUGGCAAUUCUCCUUGUAAACAUGUUAAUCGCGAUGAUGGGCAACACCUACCAAAAGAUUGCAGAGACCAGGAAUGAAUGGCAGAGACAGUGGGCAAGAAUUGUGUUGGUUGUUGAAAGAGGUGUGAGCCCGUCUGAGAGAUUGACAAAGCUAAUGUGGUAUUCUCAACCUAUGUCCGACGGGAGGCGUGCAUUAGUACUCAGGCUUAACCAAUCGGAGGAGGACAAAGAAGAAAUGAAAGAGAUUUUAGAGAUGAAGCGCGUUCACAAUCGCAUGGUGCAAAAGCGCAAGCAGAGAGAAUUGGAAAAAAAUCAGCGCGUUGAUUUAGAGAAAGAAAAAAUUGAACAGAAGCUCAUGUCGUCCAACAACUUACUAGACUUAAAUACACCAGCUAUGGAAAAGAAAAGAAAAGAAAUUGAAGCGUUUAAUAAAAGUCUAAUGUGACAUUCCAACUCAGACCAAAUAAUUUUUAAAAUUUAUUUUAAAAUGGCUGUGAUAUAUGAAAAAACAAUAUGAACUAAAUUAACACAUUUUAAGGAUAGUAAUUCUUUAUAAUUGAGAAUUAAUUAUAGAACAGCUUUAUUGUUAUUCAAAUAAAGUAUUAAAGAUCUCAGGCAAGAUGGUGCUUUUCAAAAGUUAAUGUUGAAGUUUAUUGACAAUCACUUUCAAGCACACGGUUUUAGUUAAACAAAAACUUACUUGCAGGACU